UUUGGUCGUCUUGAAGACGUGAUUCGGGACAUCCUGAUCCCAGCUCUGACAGGCCACGCGCCACCGUCUUCUCAGGAGCGUGCACUGCUGGCCUUCCCAUGUCGCCAUGGUGGUCUUGGCAUCACCGACCCGACAUCUAUGGGCGGCAACUACCGCAAUUCACGCAAGAUCACGACAUCCCUGUGGGAGAAACUAAUCGCCCAAGAUUCCUCCCUAGAUGGCACCGCGGCGCAAGUUCUCCGCAUGAAGGCAGAGGUACGUACGACUUUGCGAACCAACCUCCUGGCAGCCGUGAAGUCUUUCAAGGAUGGUGCUGGAGCAGAGCUUGAGCUGCAAUUGACCCUAGCUUCGGAGAAGGGGGCCUCCAGCUGGCUGACUUGCCGCCCUCUAGCCAUCCAUGGAUUUCGUUUGUCCAAGGCGGAGUUUCGCGAUGCCCUCUGUCUCCGGUACGGGUGGACACCAGCACGCCUGCCAUCAGGAUGCGUCUGUGGCCACGGUAACUUUGACGUCACCCAUGCCUUGUCCUGCAGUACUGGGGGAUUCCCCAGUAUUCGACACAAUGAAAUUCGAGACCUCACGGCUGAUGUUCUGCGUCAGGUCACGCAUGGUGUGUGCACAGAACCGAUGCUGCAGCCAGUCACCGGAGAGAAAUUCCGGCUUCUGUCCACAACGACCGCUGAUCAGGCUCGUCUUGAUGUUGCCGCCAACGGAAUCUGGGGUGGCCGAUUUGAGCGCACCUUUCUUGAUAUAAGGGUUUUCAACCCCUACGCUGCCUCAAAUCGCGCUGCCUCAGUUUCCUCAGUGUAUGCACGUCAUGAAAAGGAGAAACGCCGGAGAUAUGAGCAGCGUCUGCUUGAGGUUGACCGCGCCACGUUCGUGCCAGUAGUGCUGUCAGCCACUGGUGGCACUAGCAAGUGUGCAUCGGCCCUGUUCAAGCGUCUUGCCAGCAUGCUAUCUGACAAGCUGAAGGAGCCGUACUCCGUGACGAUGGCAUGGCUUCGCUGCAAGCUAAGCUUUGCAUUAGUCCGAGCUAGCGUGAUGUGCCUUCGUGGGGCAAGAUCAUCCGCACACCGUGUCACCAGGGACCCCGCGUCUGUAGUGGUAGCCGAGGCACGUGUUUCCUUGCAGGACUGUUGAACUAAAGUCAGACAUGUACAUUUUUGUCUAGAGGUCUAGUCAUGUACUUGUCAUGAUUCUUUUCUAUUUUAUUCUUUUUACCAGGCGUGGGCCAUCCCCUGGAUUAUCAAAAUGGGUGCCUUAUUAUUUUCUUUUUUUCUUUUUCUUUUUCUGUUUAUUCUUUUUACCAGGCGUGGGCCAUCCCCUGGACUAUCAAAAUGGGUGCCUUAUUA